GACAAUGCUUCACAUAACUGCUGGUCUGUGGAUCUUGCCAGGUGGACUUAUGCUUCCAGUUCAUUUGUUGUGAACACCCAAGCAUGGCACAGCCCAUGGAUGACAUGAAGAUCCAUGUGGUCACAUACAAUGUGGCAACACUCUUUCCAAACAUGAGGACCAACCUCACUGGACUUCUUGGUCUGGAGGACAACACAAAGCAGGCAUCCCAUCCAGACAUCUAUGUUGUUGGAUGUCAAGAAGUGAAGUCACAGCCACAGAACUACGUGUAUGACACACUUUUGACGAUCCAUGGUCGACGCUGUUCAAACUUCGUUGCAGAUUUCCGCAGCAGCUAUCAGCUGUUACAGCCAAUGGGUACCACAUUCAAGCCGCAGCUCCGCAAAACGCUGGCAAAAGAGUUCAACGGUAUUACCUCUUGGCCGCAACAGCUGAAGUGUACAGAACCGCAGCAGAUUCUGGAGUCGCUGACGCUGGCGCCGCGGGGCUACGUCAAGCUGCGCACUAUCCGGCUGCAGGGUAUCGUGCUGUCCGUGUACGUGCUGCGCCGGCACGUGGUGCACGUGAGGGAGGUCGAGGACAAGUACGUCCGGCUCGGAUUCGGCGGGAUGUGGGGCAACAAGGGCGCGGUGGCGCUGCGCCUCUCGCUGAACGGCGUCAGCCUGUGCCUGGUCAACUGUCACCUGGCGGCGCACGACCACCUGCUGGCCGAGCGCAUCCAGAACUACACCGACAUCCUCAGCCAGGCCAACUUCCAGCACCCGGCCACGCCCAAGCUACUGUACCACGACACGCUGCAGAGCCGUCGCACAAGUGCAGCCUCCGCCCAGACAAUUUUCCCUGUGACGCCGUGCUGCGGGCCUCUGCUCGCACUGCGCCCGGUCAGGCCAGAGGCCUGUUCUCACAUGUCCCAUCGUGCGACGGCCGACAGCUACCUCAUCUGGCUGGGCGACAUGAACUUCCGACUGUCGAGCGGCGAGGGCGGCGCGCCCGACGACGAGGCGGCGCGCCGGCUGGCCGAUGAGCACCAGCUGACACCGCUGCUCGAGCUGGAUCAGCUGCGCUGGGCGCGCCGCACUGGCAACGCCUUCUCAGAGCUGAGCGAGCCCACGCUCACCUUCAAGCCCACCUACAAGCUGGUGCCGGGCCGGCGCGGCCUGUACGCCACCAGCCGCCGGCCGGCCUGGACCGACCGCAUCCUGUACAAGGUCAACGCGGACGUGUACGAGGAGACACGCCUGACGAUGGAGCCACUCAGCUACCAGAGCCACCCCGAGUACACGGUGUCCGACCACCAGCCGGUCUCCGCCGAGUUCCGCGUCAAGGUGUUCUCUGGCCGGCCGCUGCCUUGCGUGGAGUUCCUGCCCAUCUCUAUGUGGCUGGUGGGCUCCGACUGCGUGGCCAAGUACCGGUGCGACCGCGCCCUGGAGAUCUCCGCCUGGGACUGGAUCGCCCUCUUCAGGGCGAACUUUGCCAGCCUGGACGAGUACAUAUCCUACAUAUGGGCGCCGCGCACCACGUCGUCCCCCAACUCGGACCACUACGUGGCCGUCUUUCCGGAGGACAGUGUCACCGUGCCAGGCAGUUACGUGCUGGUGUACUUCGGUCGGAACGGCCGCGGCGUGUACGGCAUCAGCGAGCCGUUCGCAGUUCAGUACAGCCACACCGCGCGGCUGGCGGCGCUGGCCAUCGGCAGGACCACGCGCGCCGAGCGGGCGCCGCUGCUGGCCGCCGACGAGGCGCCCCUGCUGGCCGCCGAUCCUGUCGAGCAGCGUCCCCUGCUGGCGGACGAUCCUGUCGAGCAGCGGCCUCCGCUCGUCGCCGAUCCUGUCGAGCAGCGGCCCCCGCUGGCCGCGGACCCUGUCGAGUCCCCGCUGGCUGGCGACCUUGCCAGGCGGGGGCCCGCGUCGGGUGGAGUGCCGCCGGCGGGCGGUGCAGGCCUGGGCGCCUGCGCCGCGGCGCGUCACGGUGCCACACUGGCCGCCGCCUGCCACAGCCAGCCAGCCAAAAUGAAGUCCAACGGCGUGGUCAUGGUGCUUCUCGCAGAGGUUGUCUUCAGGGCGGCGCCCGAGACUGCUGUCAGCCCGAUUCCAGGCUUGCCAUCGGCCGUGUCUGGGGAGCAGGCGUCUGCCAAGCCGAUCCCCAUGGUGAUGCUGGUUCACUUGAUUCUGCUGACGCGCUUGCUGAUGGUCAAGCUGGUGCCUUUCGACCAGCUCCUGGCCACGGCGGCAGCUGACAACGACGGGUCGGGGGCCAACAUCUUCAAGAGGCCGCGAAACAACACGGGGUCAGGCGAGAUCCUGGACGGCGUGUCGCUGCCCGCCCUCACCGUGUGUCACUGCAACAAGGUCAAGAAGGAGGCGGUGGAGCGGAUGAGUCAGCCCGGAGUGACGCUGCUGGACUGGUGCGUCCUGGUCUUCAGCGACAACGGCAGCUUCGGCCCGCAGGAACACGACGGCUGGACACUGUUCCUGCACGAGCCUGGCCUCGUCUUCACCGAUUACACGAUGUUCUACGGCAUGACGGCGCCCGUCAGGCUGUUUGCCAACAGCGUCAUCACGGUGAGGGUAAUGACGAAGGUAUUCAACCGUCUACCGGGCUUGAGCGGGUGCACCCAGCAGCCGAUCGGGUCGGUACAGGUCUGUCUGGAGCGGUGCGUCAACAAGAAGGCUGGCAUCGGGGAGCCCUCCUGCCGCAUUCCGUGGAUCCCCGCGUCCGCCGGUCGGCCGCCGUGCACCACGUACCAGCAGUUCGUCAACGCCUCCGGUCUGGACACGCUCGGCUCGUUCGACGAGUCGGCGAUGGCCGCCGCCACCCGGGGCUGUCCCUGCCACCUCAACGACAUCCAGACGAAGCUCACCCUGCUCAUGGACACCACGCUGCAGACGACGGAGGAAGUCGAGGUGUACCCGCUCGACCAGUUCCUCUCGGACGUGGGCGGCAGUUUGGGCCUCAUGAUCGGCGGCUCGCUGCUCACCAUCGUCGAGCUCGUCGACUGUUUGGUCUGCUCCUGCUGUGGAGCUCGCAGGAGGGCGUAG